AUGAAUGCUUCUUCCCUGCUGAUCUUGGCUGGAGCCCCCUUUGCCUUCGUCGAUGAAUGCUUCUCCCCCACUGCUUGGCUGGUGCGUAAAAGCGCACAGAGCGCAUCUCUCCUCGUUGCCUCCUGCGCCUCCUUCCGCGGCUGCCCGGGGCUGACCCUCGCCUUUCCGACGCCCUCUUCUCCUUCUCCUCCUCCCUGCGGGGGUCUUGCAAGGCGCCCUCCCGGAGGCGCGGAAGGGCUGGCGAGGCGAGCCUCCUCCUCUGGGCUCCAGGCAUGCAGGGAGCGCCGUGAGAUCACCCGGGUUAUAAAUAUCUCCGUGCCUCCGCCGCCACUGCCUCCUCCGCCGCCGCCGCCGCCGCCGCGCUCCCCGGCCUCCUUCCCCCUCCAACGGGUUGACGAUGCCUUCCUCCCGAAGCCGCCCCGGGGACAGGAGCCUCCCGCGCCUCCGCCGCCACCGCCACCGCCCCCGCCGCCUCCGCAAGAUGCCCGGCGCGUCCCUCCCGCUGGAAGGAUGAGCCCGUCCCUCUGCCUCCUCUGCCUUCUCCUCUUCCUCAGCCACCUGAUCCUCGCCGCUCGGGCGCAACCGGAGACGCCAGCGCCGCGCAGGGCGCCAAGGCUCAGGAGCAAAGGGCGCAACGCCACGGCGGGGGCCUCCUCUCCUUCCUCCUUGGCCGCCCCUUCCUCUUAUUCCUCCCGCUCCGGGGAAGUUGCGGGCAGCGGCUCCGAAAGGGGCAGCUUCCAGUGGAGCCCCUCCGGGCGCAGGACGGGGAGCCUCUACUGCAGGGUGGGCAUCGGUUUCCACCUCCAAAUCCACCCCGAUGGGCAGGUCAACGGCUCCCAUCAAGGCAGCCUGCUAAGUAUUUUGGAAAUAUUUGCCGUGUCUCAGGGGAUUGUAGGAAUACGAGGAGUUUUCAGCAACAAAUUUUUAGCGAUGUCAAAAAAAGGAAAACUCCACGCAAGUGCCACAUUUACAGAAGACUGCAAAUUCAGGGAGAGGUUUCAGGAGAACAGCUACAACACCUAUGCCUCAGCCACCCACAGGACUGGGAAAACGGGAAGGGAAUGGUACGUGGCCUUGAACAAACGGGGCAAAGCAAAAAGGGGGUGUAGCCCCCGGGUCAAACCACAGCAUAUUUCCACGCAUUUCCUCCCGAGGUUCAGACAGACUGAACAGCCGGAACUGGCUUUUACGGUUGCUGUCCCUGAAAAGAAAAAGCCACCUGUCGUAAUCCCAGCAAAACCAAAGGUUUCCUUGCCGGUGCCUCGGAAAAACUCUCCUCCCAUCAAAUACAGACUCAAGUUUCGCUUUGGAUAGUAAUCACUGAACUCUGAAACCAAGGAAUGUCAUUUCCUUUUCCUUUUCAGGAGCUGCUGCUUAAAUUUGAUUAUUCCGUGGUCCAGAACGAUGAUGGGUGAGACCCAACAGGGCACCCAGAUCCAUUACGGGAUCCUGCUGGAAGAUGCAUAAUCCUUUGAAACGUUGACAACUAAGUUGAAUUGCUUUUUGGGGGGAAAGGAGUAUAAUUCUUCAGCUACACAAUGGUGAAAGCCACCAGAGGAGAUCAGAAGGAUAGGAAGGCAUUCAGGGGACGAGGGUUGCCUUAAUUUUUCAGCCUCAUCUUUCUGCUUUCCAGUUCUGAGCAUGAGUUUUCCUCUCUUGACUUUACAUGGCUGUUCCAGAUAGGUGAACAGAUUCUUUUAAGAUGUGAAAGAUUACCUCAUAUGUUUUUUCUUUAUUCUGACUUCUACUGGUUUUAAUUGUUUUCUUAAUUGUUGUUUUUAUUUGGUGAGGAGAGGAAGGAAAUUGCUGAUGUCAUUUCUGUUUUUCCCUCCUAACACAUUUUUGCUGCACUUUUAAGAAAGUAAAAAAAAUAAUGAAAAUACCUCAGGCAAAUGGAUAGUUGAAGGUGGAUUCACAUGGCUGGUGGCCUAAAUUUUAAAGAAUUUUGAUGGGAGAAAUAAAUAAUGAAGCAAUACAUUUGUCCGACUGGAAAGGUCCUGUGGGAUUGUGAAAUGGACAAGCUUGUACUUUCAGAUCUAACAACCCUUGGUCCUGAUUCAUUGGACUCCAAUGUCUCUGCGAAGUGUUUUGUGGACACUGCUCUCAUCUUGGUGUGAAUGCAUUGUACCAGUCAUCAAACUCUAGAUGAAAGCAAAAUUUAAGACCAGUUUGAUGUGUGGGUGGGUGAUUCUCGACAGUCAAAACAUUGAAGCAAUUUUCAAGGAAGCCAAAACUGUUUUGAUUAGCAAUAUUCCAUGGAAGAGGCGGUGGUGUUAUGCAUCUCCAUUUCAUAGGCAUCAUAGUAGAUGAAGUGGCAGCUGGUGGUUUUUAUAUCAGUAGAUGGGAAAGUUGACUCAAAGUGUAGUCUGGAUUUUAGAGGAAGAAUCCAAGGAGCGGAACUGUUUCUUCCAACAGCUGGAUUGCUCUUUUCAAAUUGGUUUUGGGGGGAAAGAGGAGAUUCCUGUUUGCUCAGCAUUUUCUGCCAUACAAUCUCAAUUGAGAAAUUUUACUUUUUGAGAGUACAGUCAGCCCUCCACAUUUGCUGGAGCGAGGGGCACAAGAUUGAAGUGAAAGUUAAAACCCAUAAAUAAA